AUGGCAGCCAGUGAAGAAAGUACAUUGGUCGACGAGUAUCCAAUAAAAUCUAUACUAAACCAAAUAUCACCUUGGUUCAUCGUUGAUGAGACAAAAUAUGGUGGCAGAGGCUGCUUUGCACCAAAAGUCAUUCCACAGCACACAGUUAUUCACCUGUGCCAAACUCCUAUUGGGUCCACUCUCAGCAAACCAUUUAAAAAAGAAGUUUGUUCCCAAUGUUAUACUUAUACUUAUGGUGAAACAAUGAAGUUCAAAAUCUCGAAAACUGAAGGAAAACAUGUUUACUCCCUUUUUUUUUGUAGUGAAGAGUGUAAAUCGACAUUUACACACCAAGAUAUAAAUCGUGUUUUAGUUGAAAACUUGCUAGCAGUGGAGAAAAAUUAUUUGGCGGGAUUAUCAAAACCAGAAAUAGAACCUAUGGAACCAAAAAAUUUUGCUGAUGAUUAUGUCAAAGAAUGGGAUAAGGUUGCCUCAUGGGAAACAAAACUUGAAUCACUAAAACCAUCGAAAAGACAAAAUCAAAUAUUCAGAAUCGAUGAUAAUGAGUAUCUUGAAAUUAAAUAUGUUAUUGGAGUGCUAUUUAACAUGUAUAAAGUUCACUGUAACGAUCAUAUUCCACAUUUUGAUUAUCCUAAUUUAGAUAAAAAUGAAGCCAACAAAGUUGAAUUACUCCUAUUUGAUCUAUUAUAUUCUUCCGAAUUUGAAAAAGUGAAAAGAUAUCCAUACCUAUUAUACUCGUACAUAAACAUCUACAAGUUCAUAAAACUCACAUGUACUCCUGAGUUGCAGGCUUUCAUCGAUUCUACAACUAUACGAUCUAUAAUUGGGAAAAAUCUAUCUAAUGCAUUUGGGAUAUGGUCAGAAGUGACCGACCCUUCAGAAGAUAAAGAAUUUUUGGGAUUUGGUGUAUACCCUUCGGCAUCAUUCUUCAAUCAUUCAUGCAGUCCAAACAUUGUGAAGACACGAAAUAACUCUGAAAUGGUUUUCACAACAUCCAAAGAUAUUGAAAUUGGUGAGGAAUUGUGUAUAAGUUAUGGAAAUUAUACCGACGAGCCCGUCGAAUUAAGGCAAAAACAAUUGAAAGAAUGGUUUUUCGAUUGUGCAUGUACCAAAUGUCAAACUGAAUUGAAAACAACUUAA